AUGGAACAAUUAUUUUACUUUGUCUUACUUCAAAAAACUCUCAAAUCUUGUCUAUCAGUUAUGAACAUCCCGACACUCAGAGAAUUCGACACAAAAAUGGAAUAUGAGGUAACAUAGAUAUUAUUAUGGAAAAGAUCAAACAGGAAAACUAUUUUGUGGAAACAUGUGAAGAUUUUGAUAUUUUCGCCAAUAUCCCCCGUUUGCCUUCCCCCUUAGAAAACAUGUGAUCCCAGAACAAAAACAUGUCGCCAUCUGAACCUAUCUGAAACCAUUUGAUUCUGAACCUAUCAUUAAGGAUGGUUUACACUAUCAAAGUUUCUGUGAUCACAGUAGGAAUUUUGCAUAGUUAAAUUCUACGUUUUGAAGGAUUUGUAAGAGAUGUUUGAGGAAACUGAUUCAGCGUUAAAUACUGAGUCAUUUCCAUCAAACAUUUCUUACAAAUCCUCCAAAACUUACAAUUUACCUAUGCAAAAUUCCUAUACUGUGAUCACAGAAACUUUGAUAGGGUAAACCAGUCUUUAUAGAUGCUGCGCGUUUGUCUACCCUAAUAUACAAACGAAUUUAUCGUAUGUUCUAUUUUCCCCACGAAUUUAUAGUAGAAAAUUCUAUUUUUCCUGUUUUAGAACACUCAGCUACGUGAAAAUAAGGAAGUACAGGGUGGAAGGUGUCUCAUUCCAUCUCAAUUAAGCAGCGUCAAUGAAUUGUGUUCAAAUUGCUGCCGGCCAUUAAGAAGCGGUAAAGAUACAGCGGAUAAAAGUAAGGAAGACUAUCAAACGUUUCAAAACAGUACAAUACUUCAUGUUCCCAAAAAUGAAAUACAAUACAACAGUUCAGACGAAGAACCGGCGUCAACGGUUUGUCAAAAUCAAAUUUGAAAAGAGCCCACGACUUUGAAGAUGAACAGCAAAACAAAAAGAGAAAAAAAGGAAAAAGUCUCUUCGCUUGUUUUAGUGGAAAAUGGUUAAGAAAUAACAAACGAUCCAAAAAGCGUUAGAGAUUACUUGAAUGAGUAUAAAUAUUAUGUAAAAGUUAUUUUCAAUAUAUAAAAAAUAGAAAAAGUUAUAGACCUCGAAUUGUAAAAGGAAUUAUAUGGAGUGAAACAAUUAUAUUUAUUUGCAUUAGAUCAGUUUUUUUCCUUGAACGUGUCAUUGCUAUAUCAUCUUAUUAAAUGGUUGAUUCUUGUUUUAGCCGUUACAGUGGCCAAGUAAAGUUACUUUUCUAUUUUUGGCGACCUGCGCAUAUGUGUGCACACCUACAGCUUAUCCAAGGUAUGCGCGACACGUUACCGAUUGUCGCAUAAUUACACUCGGCCAAAAAUACCAACACAGGUGUAAUACGAAACAAUACAUUUGAUUGUCACCCAAUUUGUUUCAAUAUUUUAAAAUUAUUCAACGCAUUCUGGCGUCCUCCGCAGGCAACCUUUUAAGGUAAUUAAAAUUAUCCCCCACAAUCCCCUAAUAUCACUCAGUAUUCUAAUCCACUCAGUAUUCUAAAAUGCUGAUCGGACAAAAUAUUGUGUAAUUCAGCCGUUUGCCACCGGGUUGCAUGUAGUUUAAAGUUUGACUGUGGUUCUGAUAGCUAGAACUUACUGCGAAUAGUUUACAGAAAAAUCCACAGUCUUAAAGUGAUUCAAUUAUAUUUUGUGGCAGUUCGCAUAGAGAUUAUAAAUAACAUUGGUGUUAUUUAUAAUCUCUAUGGCAGUUCGUGGACAUCGUUUUCCUGUCACCACAGCAACAGAAUGCAUUCAGCUAGCUAAUUUAAAUUCCGUUGCUAUGGCAAUAUAGAGUCAAAACAUUUUUCAGAAAUGAUUGACAAGCGAGUGAAAAACAACAACUCAGUUUUUUAAAAAGACUUUUUAGUUGGCUGUGAAACAGUUUUUAUGUGGAAAAGAGGUUGUAGAAAUAAUAGUCAAAUAUAAAAAUGUUUAAAAUUCCUAAACAAUUUUUGGAACACAAAAGCGAGAAAACGACAACUGUAUUUUCAAGUCUUGGUUGCAGGUAUAUUAAUGUUUUUCUUUACUUUUUAACUUUACAAUGUCAUGCAAACUUAAAAUAAUAUUUUUCACAUAUCUUCGUUUAGUUUUCGGUCUAUAAAGUUUUAGAUGGAAACUAUCAUAAUCUUUUUAGGGAUCAAACAGUUAUCCAAAACCUUUUGCAUGUAUAUUAAACAACAGCCUUGGAAAGAAGCCAAAAUGUAGUGGUUGCAAUUUUUUUGCAAAAUGUGAAAUACGAAAUAAUCUUUGAAUUAAAAUAAACUUGACGUACUUUCCAAAUAUAGAGUCAAUCCUGGUACAGCAUCGAAAUUAUCUGAUCAAGAUAAAGACCCGAUUCUGAUGCCUAAACCUCAUAUGACCGAGGCCCAGAGUCCAGAAGACCGAAAAGUGAUUGAAAACGAGAAACAAAUGCUUCAUGACAGUUCAACAGGAACAAAGGAGAAAUUUAAUUCCCAAUCUAGUUCUUGUAAAUAUGCAAUUGGUACAAUGGAAAUCAAGCAUUGUGCAAUAAAACCACUGGCACUGAAGAAAGAAUCAGAAAAAACAGCCAGUUCAUGCAAUGAACAUAGUGAACUUUCUAAAAACCAUACUGAAACCAAAAAAGAGGAAUUGAAGGAAAAGAAUAAUAGCAAAAGUAACAUAAACACAAGAAAUGCUUCGCAAAGUGCUGAAGGAAAACACGUUUCGAGUUCGGGAAAGGGUUCAGAAAGUCAAGUUUGUUUCCCUAAACAUUUGAUCACCGUACAAAUACCGAAGGUUUGCUCCUCCAAGCCACAAAUCACCCCACCACCAACACUGAACAGUCAAAUCUCUGAUAAGAAAGAAUCAGCGAAUGUAUCCAGUCUACAAAUACAAGUUAGCUCGUCAUCAGAUAAAAAUCAAACGCGUCUUUCAAAGCCAGUGAUAUCAGAGCCAGUGACUACAAAACCAUCACCAGAACAAGUUUGCUUCCCUCAAACUACGACAGCAACACCAGUAACCAGAUAUCAAGUUGGAUCUCUUGGCUUCAAAACAGCCACACCCAUAACGACGGUCCCUAUUCGUUCCGGUCUCAGAUUACUAUCAAUCAUAUCAACAGAGUCUGCUCCAAAAGUACAGAUAACUGCAACACCAACAUCAACACCAAAACCAACAGCAAAACAAUUACCUGAUAUAUCUACAGCAAAAGUACCAUCGACUAAAGAUGGUGUGUCCAUAUCACCUGGUAACACAUCAAAAACUUCUACAAUGGCCAAAUCAACAGUCAGCACUCAACAAUCACCAACACUAAAAGCUGGUAUCCAUCCCAAUUCACCAUUAACCACACCGAAAACACCAACAACGGUGGUCGCUAAUCCAUCAUCAACUACAACACCACAGAAAUCAACAAUAGAUACGUCACUUACGACAACACCACAAAAACCAUCCUCGACUAGUUUGUCCAAUGUAGUGAUCGUAUCACCACAGACAUCACCGAUCAAAAACGUAGUUGGUACUCUUAGGUCACAUAUCACAACACCACAAGCAACAAAAGGUGUAGCUGCCAAUACACCCACUUCACUAAUUUCGAUGGCCACUCCAGUUUGCUCGUCACAAAUAACACCACCGUUGAAAGAAAAUGAAUCACCAAGAACACCCCAAAGUGAACCGACGUUUAAGACAUGGAUACCUCCGCCUGAUAUAGAUCCUAUGAGUCAGACAUUUCUCAGAAUGCCUUUCAUCUAUCAAAGUUUACAAGUCCAAUGUAACCAUGGUAACCGACCUCACGUGAAGAGACCUAUGAAUGCGUUCAUGGUGUGGGCGAAGAAAAACAGAUCCUCCAUAGCAAAGAGGUAACGUGUUAGUUUAGUAUGAAGGUAAUAAAUAAUACUUGUGAAAUCCAUGAAUAGGUUACCCAUACAAAAUAUGAAUAAUGUCAAUUUGGCUUGUGACAGUAUAUUUUUAUUCACAAACGCCAACCAGAAGUCAAUCAAGCCGUUACAUAUCGUAAGAGUUUAAGAUUUGCAUGCAUCCAGAAAGUUUUCCACAGAGGUAGUAAUACUGUAGACUUGCUACAAGUCGACAUCGACCUCAUAAUUGACUUCCGCAAAUUCCUUACUCUUCAAGAAUUACUUCCUUGAAAAUUCCUUCUUUCUAAACAAAGACGAAGGACUUUGCGCAAGUCUAGUGAUACCGGUACCAAUAGGCCCAUCCAAGGUUAAAGACGCCAUCAUGAAUCUAAUGUUUUCACCAUUGUGUUUGCACCCCCUGCAAAUUUACCUACGGGGAAUUCCAUUGUUUUUGCACCUCUUGCGCUAUUGUGUUCCAUUAUAGCGUCGGAAGGAUAGUUGAGAGUCGAAAAUCUCCGAAAAAAUCUCCGAGCAAUAACGGUAAUUGCGUUUCGAAACGGCGAAAUAAUUUAUUUAUUCUGGCAGUUCAAAACCAAACCAUCGCAGGUUUUUUCCAUCUACAAAAACCCAUCUGUUACUUCUAACUGUUAGUUCUAUCGAUAGUUCCAUACCGUAAUGUGAAGAAACCAGUAAGAAACCAGUCGAGAGCCUAGCCUUAGGAUAUGUUUUCCUUCUUUACAAAAAAAACUACUAUUUUUUUUUCUCUAUUAAGAUUUCCCAACGCAAGUAAUGCAGAGAUCAGCGUGAGAUUGGGACAUAUUUGGAAUGAACUGCCAAGUGAUGAACAAAAACCUUACUUUGACGAAGCUGGUGAGUUGAAGGAGAAACACAAACACGAAAAUCCCAACUGGGUUUAUCAACCACGACCUGGCAAGAAAUGUCGCAAGGCUCUUUUCACUUCAACUACAUCUAAGAGUCAACCUACUUCGCCUGUAGCUCGGAGGAUUAUCGCGAAAGGCUACGAUCGACCGAUUCAUCCACGAAGUGCCCCGAAUUCACCGGCCGUCAAACGGCCAUUGUGGCUUCCGAGGAAAACGGACUUGUCGGAGGAGGAACUACAAUCAAGAAUUGUGGAAGAUUUAUUGGACGACGAAGUACACGAAAACGCGGAAGAGGAAGGCACAGGGAAUCCAACGAUGGACAGAUAUAUUGAUGAAUGGUUAAGUCCAAAGAGAACAAAAAGAGACGAAAAUGAACUCUGUUUAAUGAACGACGCCAUGUUGCCUGCAGUCAAUGAUGAUGAACAAAACAUUCUGGAAGAGGAGACUCGCUGUGAUGGCAGGGAUUUUGAAAAAUACAUCAAGCAGUUGAAAACUGAACGCAAUAAUUUCACAAAACUUGAGAAUAAUAUCAGCAAUUUAGAGGAAGAUGAUGAAAUUGAAUGCGCAUGA